AUCGAGUGGAGUCAAAUAAAUCUCGGGCAAAAAAAACAAUGUCUAAGGUCAUCGUGAUUACGUUUCAAGACCAUCAACCUGGUAAUCGCAAUGGCAAACAUGAUGUAACUAUCGUUAGGGCCAAGCUAAAGACCUGAGCAAACCCAGCCAUGUGCACACACGCACUUAUUCAAAGACCACACUGCCCAAUAACCAAUCCCAAAAGUCUAACAAAAAUUUGGAUGAAUGAAAGUUCGAGUAUAUUUGGCCAAGAUCGCAGAUCGCAGCCGUUGCUGGGUCCACACUCUGUUGACACUGCGAAUUAGCAACUCUUCGCACGAGCCCAAGUCCCAAGCCAGAAGUAUAUAAACCUAGUUGUCAUGGCACUUGGUAUUAAGUACCAAUCCAGCCAGCAUCCACCAAUCAGCUGCCUUUAAUCUGUUUGAAUCCCUUCGAGAAGCACUAACAUGAAGUUCCUCGCCCUGAGUCUCGCUCUGAUCGCCGUGAUCUCCUGCUCUCUGGCCAUUCCUGUGGAUCUGGACAAUGGAGAACCGCUGACGCUCUUGGAGUUGGAGGGGGAUCAGGAGCCGCAAGUGGAUGAACUGGAGGGCGAGAGAGUGGUUCGAGGACUAGGAGGACUGGGAGGACUUGGCGGCAAGUUUGGAGGUUUCGGAGGACUCGGCGGCCUGAAGGGAGGAUUCGGUGGUCUGGGACACGGCUUUGGCGGUGGAUUUGGAGGACACGGUUUCGGCGGCGGCUUCGGUGGACUCGGCAGCUUCAAGAGCCUCUUCGGCAAGAAGUUCCGCUAAAGCAGCAGCACUCACCCAAAAUAUAGUCUAAGAAUUUCGUAAUAAAGCUUAGUUAAGUAAUGUUAAAA